GGCAGUGGGCAGCAGUGAGAACCCAGUUCUGGUUGAUCAGGGAUCCUCCGCAGAAGUGGAAACCAGUGGGUAGCUGUUUCAAAGGAAAUGUCAGCAUUUGUGCGAAGACUCCCAGAACGAAAACAAUGAACAAACAACGGAAAGUCUAUGAUUAUGUCCUGCUUUUUCUUUUGUCUCUUAUGUUUCCCUGCUCUAGCAGAGUGUGGGUAUGUCAGAACACCAAUCAAGAUAUCUAUCAAGUGGGGGAUAAAGCAGUUAUCCACUGCAAGGUAGAUUCUGACAAAGAGAAAGUUGAGGAGUGCAUAUUCAUGUGGACUAUUCCAUAUCCAGAUGACAAACACACAGAAGAUAUACUGAAUGCAGAGAAAUAUGAUCGCCGUAUCAGACUUAAAACAUUCAAUGACACAUUCAGCACAGUGACACUGAGGAACCUGUCCAUGAAUGACAAUGACAAUAUAAAAUGUAUCACGGAUUGCACUGUGGAUGGACAUCUUACUCGCAAAACUGGUGAAGGAAUCACCCUUCGAAUUUCAAACAAAAAACAGGAAUGGGAUAUGACAGAAAAAACACAGAUGGUGAGCACUGAAAUCAUAACAGAUGGAUUUGAUGAAUUAAAGUCUUCUCUAUCCUGGAUCAACGUUCUGCUCAUCAGCAUAAAUAUUGUGGUAUUUCUUGUAAUCACUGCUAUCUGUAUUUCUCUAGUGAAAAUGCAUCGGAAGUACCAAUUUUGCAUGCCUUAAUGCAAUUUGGCACAUGAUUUGCAUACUUGUUGCUAUUAAAUGAAUGCAUAAUUAAUUUAUGUGAAUUGUGAGAUCUAAAGCAGGUGAUUCUUGAAGAGUUGCAUUGUGACAUGCAGAAACAUACAUCAUGCAUGAAGCACUUCCUGUUCAAAAUAAAUGCCAAUGUCUUAAUAAAAUCAGGUUUUUUUAUACAAGCAAUUUAAAAGCAGUUCUAAACUUUGUCUGACACUCUUUCAAAUAUUAUAGAUUAGGCAAUGCACUGUGUUGAUUUUGACCAGACCAUGACAAAAUUAGGAACAGUUUGCUGAAAGUCAAACAGGCUAUCAAGAGUUAUACACUUGUUUUGUUUUAUCUAUUGGUCAUUCCACGAUUCAGUGCCUUUUGCGUCCCUAAGAAAUAACCAAACAUAGAUUUAAUAUAACAACAAAUAAACAUGCAAUUUAAAAACAUAACAAUACUAUGUAUGUUUUCAUCAACGUUACAUAAUGUUAUUUUAAAUAAUUUAAAUAGCAUUUAUGCUGGUAUGCGUAAGGUUUUUGGCCUGUCGGUCACUAUGAUUCUUCUUUUUCAGCAGGAGUUUUAAUUUUCAAAAUGAUAUAAAAUCACAUUUGCAUAUUGUUCUAAAUAUAGUUUAUUGAUAAGCAAUGUUUCUGGCAAAUGUAUUUGUCUAUAAAAUAUAAAUCAUUUUAUUGGUGUCCCCUGAUUUCAUGUCAACCAUGUUACCCUCAAAAAACCCUUGUACAAUAAUGUACAUUCAAGUGACAUCACUUCGAGGAGGCUACAUCAUCUCUCAAACAGGAUUCCAACACUUAAAACACAAGUAUGUUUCUCUCACUCCUCUAUAAUGUUCUGUUUUUUAUGUUUUAUGAGUCGUAACUGAGGGGGGCCCAUCAUUCAUUGUCAAUCUUGUUGCCAUUUUAAAAUGGAAAUUGAAACAAUUAUUUAUUACAUUUAAUAUAAUCAAUAUCUACAAGUAAAAUCCUUUCAAAGUGUACAAUAUGUGCUUUUGUGGACUUGACUAUUAGCUAGCAGUUAGCAAAUUAGUGUGAAAUUGUCAAACCUGUUGCUGUCAAUCUGUUAUUUUUUAGAGUAACAGGUUUUGACAUGUGGGUAACAGGGAUGAUAUUAAUUAGGUUUGACCCUCUGUAUUUUAUUGAGCUAAUGCCUAUAUCAUUUAGUGGCAUAUGAGUUCUAAUUAAGCUAUAGUAUCUAGUAACACUUGUGUCGGUAACAGGGUCGACAAAAAUACCAAAACAUGAGGUAGAAGAAUAGUCAUAAAAUAAUACAUGACAUAGCCUGAGGUGGCUCAUUUUAAGAUAUAUAUAAAAAUAUUGAUUAAACAUUUUAUUUUUUAGUUUUUCCAAGUGGAAAAGACAGAUAUUUUGUGGAAUGACCCCUAUUUUAAUGUUUGUUUUGUUUUGUUUUGGGUUUUUUUUGCUUCUUCCAAUGUAAUUUAAUGUAAUCCUGGUAAUAAAUCUGGUUAAU